AUGGAUCAGGCUCUGGCUCUAUUUCUGGCGGACACACAGGAGGAACUAGCUCUGGCUAUGGAUCAGGCUCUGGCUCUAUUUCUGGCGGACACACAGGAGGAACUAGCUCUGGCUCUGGCUUCGGAUCAGGCUCUGGCUCUAGCUCAGGUGGAAACACAGGAGGAACUAGCUCUGGCUCUGGCUAUAGAUCUGGCUCUGGCUCUAGUUCUGGAUCUAGCACUGGGUCUGGCGUUGGUGUUACAGGUGCGAACAAAAGACCUUACGUUUUCAAAUGGAGUUCAGCCAGGACUGCUAUAA